AUGAACAUUCGACAACACUUUUCUGGGAUAAUUUAUGAUCACCAGCACGGAUUCCUCCAAGGAAAAUCUUGUGUGACUAAUUUGUUAGAAGCAUUAGAUUACAUCGGCGCCUGUCUGGACAAGGGAGGGCAGGUAGAUAUGGUAUACCUUGACAUGUCAAAAGCGUUUGACCGAAUCAACCAUAAGCGAUUGACGCAGAAAUUAGCAAAUUCGGGUAUUGGCGGUAACCUACUAAAAUGGUUUCAAUCGUACUUGACUGACCGUCGUCAACGUGUUACUGUACUUGGUGUAACAUCGAAGUCUCUACCAGUUUGUUCAGGCGUUCCACAGGGGUCAAUACUCGGUCCUGCACUGUUUCUUCUUUACGUGAAUGACCUACUCGAAGCACCCACGUCCAGUCGAGCUGCAAUGUUUGCCGACGACACCAAGAUAUUCUCCGCAAUUCAAUCACAGAACGAUGUUUCCUCUCUACAAACUGAUCUUGGAACCCUGGAACAUUGGUCAACAGUAUCUGGGCUAUCAUUCAACCAAUCCAAGUGCAAACAUCAAACGCUAACGCGGAAAAAAGCACCAGUUGCUUCCUCGUACAAGUUGGACAACUCAAUCAUAUCCAUUACUGACAACGAAAAAGACCUUGGCGUGUGGCUGUCAUCAGAUUUAACGUGGAAAAAAACAUGUGAACGAGCAGACAGCGAAAGCGAAUAAGAUUCUGGGAUAUGUUAGAAGGAACACUUUGUUUAUUAAAAAUACUGCAGCCAGACGAGCGUUAUACCUGGCAUUGGUUAGGUCGCACUUUGGCUACGCAACACAGGUUUGGUCACCACAGUCAGUGGAACUUAUAAGUAAACUCGAAAGAACACAAAGACGUGCUACUAAAUACAUCUUAAAUCUACCGUUUAGGACAGCUGUUGACUAUAAAUCGAGGUUACGGUAUUUAAAUCUUCUUCCAGUAAGCUAUUGGCACGAAUACUUGGACCUUAUCUUGUUUUUCAAAAUCACACAUGGUUUAGUAACGCUAAAUCCCCAAGUGUCGCCAGCUAUCUUCGCCACUCGUAGAACAACCCGAUCAACCUCAUCAAACAAACUGAAAUAUGUCAUCCCUAAAUGCAGAACUACCACCUACCAAAAAUCUUUCCUCGUAAGAGCGUGCCGAGUUUGGAACUAUCUUGCAGAUGAACUGAACUUUACUAAGGAUACUAGCAUUUCUGUAUUUAAAUCAGAUCUGCUUAAGUAUUACUUUACAUCACUGAACAUUAAUUCUGAUCCUGAAAACUCUCGAACAUUUAAGAGUAUAUGUCUGAAAUGUAAUUGUAUUCGAAGCCUGUUACGUCCAAUAUCGUGUUGCAGUUGAACUGUAAAUAAGAUCACACCUGUAACGCAUGUAUGUGUAUAUAUAUAUGUGUAAUGAUAGUUUUGUGUCGGGCCCGCAGUAAUUGGCUAUUCGCUGUUGCGGUCACCCAGCCGUGGUCAUGUACCUACUGUAUUUCAUUAUGUACGUUUGUUUUUGUCCUGUCAUGCAAUGUACUGUUUCAUCGGCAAAGUUUAUAAAUUAAAAAAUUAAAUUAAAAUUAAAAUUAAUUUAAAGAACACCAGUACACAUCUAUUACAAGUUCACAGCUUACUAUCCAGGGAGAGACAACACGUUCUUAAGCAUGCACAGGUGUCGUCGUGGUGGGACUUUAUUUCCAUAAACGAUUUUAGCAUCAAACUGUUGUAUUGUUUUUGCUUCUUCGCUCGCUUAAAAGUUCAAGCGACAGUCAAACCAUGCGCGUGAUGUCACUGAGUACACUGAGAAUUUUGAGUAAAAUUGUUUACUGUAGCAUCUUCUAUACUGACACGCUUCGCUCGCGUAUAUUCUCACAACACUUCCCGCGUGCAUUAUCACACCAUAAACGCACGCGACUCUAUUUCUUACUAAACUAAGCUUAUACCAUAACUAAGUUAUUUUUACCUGUAUUGGUUUGGAAUCGCUCUUAUAGAUUGCGAAAUAAUCCGGUUUGAGAACGCAUUAUGAGCAGCAUAUUGGUCAAAUUUCGUGCAAAAACUGCAGAUUUGUUUAGGUUUUGUCCGGAAUUCAGAAAAUAGAAUAUUUCACUUUGCUCUAGAACGUGUUGUAAGUGUUGACCAUAUCGAAACGGGGCAUGCAGGUUUGAGGCAGUUUUGAGCAUUUUUCAUUGGUAAACCUAUACUGUAUCCAAACCUAAUCCGAAGCCCCUGCUCUCAAAUAAACCCUCUCUUAAUUAAUUAAGCUGCCUAUCCACUAUACGCCCAUUUUUAAUAUAGAAUUUUUUAACCCCCUUUCUAUUACGCGCUUUCCCCCUUCGCUUCAACAGCAAAGGAACAUGUGAUUCAUUGCUUGGAUUUGUAAACUGAACUGCAACCAGCUCAAACAAAAUGUAAAGUGAAAUAAAUAUUUGAAGUUUUAUAUGAUAAACCAUCAUGACCAAAACAGCCAAUAUGAGUGUACAAUAUCCUAUAAUUGCAGUGAUCCCAUGCAAGCCUUACAAUAUAUAAUGUAUAUUGAUUUUCAGGACGGGCGAGGAAUGAACUCAAAGCUAGAAAGAUUCCAUGAUGUGUUUACUGAUUUCAAAGAGAAAAAGGACUACGUCAUAUACCUUCAAGACGAAAUAAAAAGGCUUAAGUAAGUUUUCUUGUUUCACUUGUCACUGAAUUUGCGAACAGCCAUUCUUAUUGAUUAUAAUUCUACUGACAGCGUGACCAGUUGUUAUGAUAAAUAGUAUAAUCGAAAGCGGCAUGAUAGGCCCGGGAUGCAACUACUUAGUCAGGGACAUAGCUAUAUACAUUAUUCAUAAUUCGCAAUCCAAUCGGGUCCCCGUUUCCUAGUAAAUGGGAAUAAACGCGGGGAGACUGCCUGACAAUUGAAAGUUGACUAGAAAAAUGUUAGAUAUAAAAUCGAUGGCUUUUUGUAAAAAUUAUAUAUAAAAGUCAGCAUGAACGUAGGAGUAAUGCUUUCAUGCAAGAAGCUGUAUAUAUGGUCAUUUUUCUGAGUAUAUAAUUACGGUAAAAAAUGCUGGGGUAAAUCGGAAAAGGUAACUGUUGUAUAGGUUGGCUUGCAUAGCAAAAACCAACAAACAAACUAGGCAACAAACGUCUACAACUUCAAAAUCGUAAGAAAUAUGAAAUUAUUGUUAAUUAAAGAAAUAAGAUUACAACUCACUCAGUUAAACAUAGCUUUCGUUUUUUAAACUACCGGUAGUUAGACUUCUAGACUGCUUAGUUGCAGAAUGUCUUCGAGCCGUAGGCACAGUUCGUACAUAAAUAAAAAAUUUUCCAUGCGAAUAAAUAACGUUUGAAAAUCUCUCUUGAAUUUUGACCCCUUGCCCUUGUUCUCUUUCAUAAUAAUACCAAAUUACGUAAAUAAAACUUUCCUUCCUUUGUUUUCUUAAUUGGAUAUUUCACGGAAUAAGCGUUAUACAGGAUGUAUCAGAAAUAACUACACGGUUGGAAAAAGUUCACUAAAGUCAGAUGCGCGCGACAUUUGCGAAAACGUUUAGUAAACCUAUGUACUUUAACGUUCUCUGGUGCAUCUAGCACUAAAAUUAUUUAAAGUGCUAGCGUUUUUAGAGUAGAAAAAAAAGGCCUUGCGCAAGAAAAUUUUCAUCGUAAACAAAAUUUAAUCUUACACAAGCUCUCAAAGUUUCAAGAAAUAUGGUGCACGCGUUGACCAACACGAGAUCUUCAAAACCUGAAUUUUUUCCCAUUUUGUUAUUUCAAACGUGAUUUCUUUGCAUGAUUUCAAAUUAAUUUUAUGUAUGCUGGGAUAUUUGCAUAAAUUACAGUACGAAAUUCGCAAGUCAAUGGACCAAUCCCAUAUUAAUCAAAAUGUUGAACUCAACAAAUCUAGACAAAAUUUUCAUCACAGCUUGAAAGAGCAUCACAAAAUUAGCAAUAUUCCAAAGUUUCGUUGCGAAAUGUUGUAAAAUGCGGAUAAUAUAGCCUUGCGAAAUUUCCAAUUUUCAGUCAUUUUGUACAUUCUCGUACCCAGAGCCCUUCUUACACGCGUUCGAUCGAGCGCGACGAGGGGCUCUGGCCAAAUCCAUAACCGGAUACCAUAAAAACAUUGUAAGAAAACAAUAUCCGGUGUUAGAACUAGCCAAUCAGAUGCCAGUUCGGAUAUGGAUUUGGCCAGAGCCCCUCAUCGCACCGCGCGUAAGAAGGGCUCUGGGUACGAGAAUGUCAUUUUGUAUUACAAACGAGAAAUGGUUACCACUUCCGUGCGUAAUACAAAAUGACUGAAAAUUACAAACUUCGCAAGGUUAUAUUAUCCGCAUUUUACAACAUUUUGCAAAUACGUUUAGUGCUAGAUGUACCAGAGAACGUUAAAGUACAUACUAUUAGGCUUACUGAAAGUUUUUGCAAAUGUCGCUCUCAUCUGACUUUAGAGAACUUUUUCCAACUGUGUAGUUUUUUCUGAUACACCCUGUAUAUUGACGUUAAAAUUUCAAUAAAAUACUGUUUUUCACCUGUGGAUAAGCACCAUCGCUACAUUGUCAUAUUUUCACAUUUCCACACAGAAAACUGGAGAAAGAGCGGUCGUUUUCAUAACAGUCUCGUUUCUAACUUUCUAACAAAAUUUUAGAUUGUACAUACAACAGUUGUUAUAAAUUGAAAUAAACAACAAGAAAAAAUCUGUCAAAGACGACAGAAUAAUAAGGCGUUCUGAAUUUAGCCUUUCAGCGAGUAUGCCAGCUUUCGCUUUCCCCCCGUUUAUUCCCGUUUCCUAGGAUACGUGGCCCCGAUUGCGAAUUUUGAAUACGGUAUACAGCUAUUUCAAUUAAGGUUGUGCCCGACGAAAGCGGAAAAGUCGAAUACGAGCGCGAAUGGUUUGCUGGGAAUCGCCUAAAAAUUAAUGAAUUUUUUAACGAUUCCCAGCAAGCCUUUCGCCCUCGUAUUCGACUUUUCCGCUUUGCGCAGGGACAACCUUGAUUGAAAUAGCUGUGGUCAUAAUUGUAGUUCUUCAGUAUGUGGAAAAACCAAUUCCAGACAUUGUCUUUCCAAACAAUCUUGUACAACACGAUUUGUUUCGUCUUCGUUGACAUCGUGAAUAUGACACCUUUUUGGGAGAAAUUCUCGAGAUGAGACCUAACCAGUCUAAUAAAUGUGUAUAAAUUUCCAUCACAAUAGACCCAUUGCACUGACGUCACAAAUCCUUAGAGUGUCCUCCAGAUGCUCCCUAACAAUAUCUGUUCGGGUACAACAACCACAUACAGCCCAAAAAUUAACCAUUUUAAUACAAAAUUAUUAUAAACUUUUACAAAAUUUGCUUUGUUUACAAAAGUUAUGUUAUGCAUAGAUUGCUAAUUUGUCCUUCAGAUGCAUCGUCACCGGCGCUGUGACGUCAUGUGCAAUGGGUCUAUACCAUUCAACUAUUAUUAUUCAAUCGAGUGAGAUGCCAACAAAAUCUUGAUAUUUAAACAGAUUAAAUAGGCUAGCCACAUGUACGCAGUGCGUACCUAUUUUUUAUAAAUAUGCCUCGUUUAACGAAGGACCAAGGAGUUUCGAUUUGUUUAGCAUAUAUGCAAGGGUAAAUAAUGCUCGUGAUGUUAUACCGGCGUCGUUGGGCAGGUCUCUGAAAACGAACGUGUACUUUCUGACUGUAGUGCGUCUAGACCAUUGAACUAAAAAUAACUGGAACGAUACCUUCAACCGGAAAUGUGAAGCCACGCCCAGGCAUGCCCACUGUUGUGUUGCCCAGUCUUAGUAAAACUUAGUAAAAAAAAUGCAGUAAAACAUCGUUUAAGACGACGUAAAAUGCACCUACCAGUACAUUUUUUACAAAUAAAAACAUUCUUUAAAACUCUAGAGUAAAAUAUUCUUAAUUUAUUUGUGUAGAAUUCGUAAUUAAAUUUUCUUUUUUGAGAAAAACGUUGAGCGAGGAUUGGAGCUUGCCGUGGUCUAAUCAUACGUAUUUGUGUGAAUUUCUCUACUUUGCUCUUUCGUUUUCCAAUUUAUUCGUCAGAAAGUUAGGAAAAAAUAUAUUCUAACAAGAUCAAACUACCAACCACAGUUUAAUUAUGUUUUUAGUAGAGUAUUUAUUAAAUUUUAAAGGUACAAAAUAAAAAAAUAUAAACAUAAAGACAUUAAAAACUUUUUUUUGCGGACAAGUAUUUCAUGUUGCGAUUAUUCACAUUCGGCAAGAAAUACACAGAACAAGUCGUCAACGAAGGCAAACAAAGUGAUAGAUACAGACUAAAUAAAUUUGUCUUGUUUAACAAUCUAUGAAGUUAUAACAAAUAUAUGUUUAAUACGUUAAAAUAAAGAAUUACUUAUCUUUCUCAACUUUCAUCUACAUAUAUAAAACGUUCCAGUCAUUCAAAUAUGCACUUGUUGUCUCCAAUCAGCUACUCCGUUCCUUGCAAUUUUAUUCAGUAGGGUUCAAGAUAUGUUUUAAAUGCACUUUUAAUACAAAAAUAUAGUUUAAAACCCUAAAUAAACGACAAUUUUCGAUCCAUUCGCCCGAGAAAAAACAUUCAAGUCACUGCCGAAAUGGUCUGGCGAGAAGGUCUCGCAACACAAACGCGCGUGUCUGGAGGUAAAACACGCGCGGCUGGAGGUAAAAUUUGGCUUCAUCAAUCAUAAGCCAAUCCUAUAGGAGGUAGCGUUCCAGGUAUUUUUAGUUCACUGGUCUAGACACAUGUUAUUGCUGUAUUACUAUUUGAUAGGCCGUUUUUGGCCUUGUGGUCGUUUGAGCACGCUGACCCCCAUUACACUCUGCGCGUGUCUGGAUGCGUUAAUACCAGGGCGCUUAUAUAUAGGGCGGUGAAACGGCUAUAGGCGCGCCGAUCGAUGUGUGAUGCAAUGAACUGGUAACGAGUUUGUUGUGGUUACUAUGGCGACUUUGUCUUAUGGCAAGGAUAAAUAUGGCGGGAAAACUGAGCUGGAAAUUUUGACUGUUUUGUAGUCAAGUUUUGAUGAAGAAAUAGACAUUGAGGGUAAAAUUCCGAUGUUAUACGAUAAUUUAGUAGAUUCUGCUAUUGUAUUUUCAGGUAAUACUGCCAAUAUUUUAGAGUUUUUUUCUCAAAACGUUUGCGAAAGCUUACGAACGGUUGCUUUCGCAAGGAGCAUGACGUGAAAGGUUUUUAAAACUCUUCGUAUGUACACGUAUCGUUCACGUUCGAUAGAAUACAAUUCACAAUUAAUUUUAGGCACUAUAGUUGAUCUUUUCAGUUGAAAAUCAAGAAGUGCUCAACUUGAAUUUGUAUUUUUUUAACGAAUCCUUACGAGAAGAUGUCUUGGCCAGCCGGUCAAAAAAAAAUUAAAGUUGGGACGAAACUUUUUCGACUAUUGCGCUCAACAAACGUCCGAGCGAGUCGUAUUUUGAUUCAAAGGCCAAGAAGUAAAAUAUGUUUACGGCUCAGAAUUACUUCAAUUGAAUGCCUUAAAAGUCGUACAAAAUUAUUAACAUAAUAACAAAAAAUCAUGACAUGGCCAAAAUACAAUUGUUGGGGGUUUUUUUGCAGCGAAAUAAUUGUCUAACGAGGCAAAAUUUAACACACAAAAAUACCUCACUUUCCAACGCUGUAUAUUCAAUUGCUCAACUCCGAGUCUUAUGAAAACUUUUGGAGAUAAGCACAUAAUUAUAAUCUUUACCAUCAACUGAAUUUCGAAGUUUGGACGACUUGAUAACAUGCCCAAAUGCUGUUUUGAAAAUUUCCCUUCAUUAAAGUCAUCAAAAUCCCGACUCAUUAUCCUCAACAUUUCUUUCAAAAUUCAACUAUACACGCCAAACAAGCAUUCGUACGAUACUACUUCGUCGUUACAGUGCAAAAACAUCCUCAAGAAUUUCGUAGUUAAUGAAAAAACAGCGAAAAUACAACAGCAGGAAAAAUCGCGCUCCUUGUCAACUUUUGCCUAAAAGCACGCUCAUGCCAGUCCUUUUCCACAUCACACAUCGAUCAGCGCGACAUCAGCGCGUUUCACCGCCCUACGUAUAAGCGCCCUGCUAAUUUACAGGGCGCUUAUAUAUAUAUAUAUAUAUAAGCGCCGUGGUUAAUAUCAUCCUAUUGCACCACAUGCUCUUGGUGAGAGCAAGCUCAUGUGUAUAAAUGCGAUCGUAUCACGUAUCUAGACGUGUGCCAAGCUGCACUGAUAAGGCGUAUAGAACACCGAACCAACAUGUAACAUAUUUCAGUAUCCCUGAUUAAGUUUCCACAAUACAGAGUGAAUCGUAGGAGGACAUAUGGCAACAAUGCACAAAAUCUAUUAUGGUGAUGAACAUUUGAACAGUAUAUGUAAAUGACUCUUGUAUGGUAAUUGGUAAAGUGUUGCCCGGGCCCAACUUUUGCGAUUCUACAUCUGGAUGCAUAUGCAUCAAGUGUAACAUUCUCACUUGUGUUUGUAGCGAAACAAUUGAAAAUCUAAAAUCACAAAACGCAGUGGCAUUGAUGAAACUCACUGGUGAGACUGACAAAAGACGUGAAGUUGAAUCACAACUUAAUUGUGCUGAAGAUGAAAAAGAAAAAUUGAAAUUAGAGCGUGUACGAUUACAGAUUAAAAUGGAUGAAUUGAGGAUGAAACUUCAACAAGGUAAUUAAAGCUGGUAGUGAGAGAGAAUUGUUGUAGUAAUAAUUCGGUAACAUAACCAAAAAUGUUACUGGUCUUGAAGAAGCACCAAACGUUUGUCAAACCUUCGACUGGUUAUUUCAAUUUUUGGAACCAAAAAUUGAAUUGGAUGCUUCGAAGCCCUUUCCUGGGGCAUUUGUGCCGUUACAUUUUCUUAUGAAAUAAUAUCAAAUUUUGUCUGCUCAGUAGCUUGCACGACAGGGUCAUUGGGAAAAGAAGAGCCUGUAACAAUCUAAACUAUGAUCCCCUGCGGGCUGCGAAUUGCUAUUGGCUGAAAUACCGGAAUAAGUAAAAAUUAAAAAUCAAGGCUUAUCCAUGGCGCCGUGUUUACACUGUCAGAGCGGCUUCGCAUGUUAUAAAGCCUAUUUUUCAAAAGAGAAUAGUGCAAUUUGAGUUUUAGGCCGAAAUCUAGCUCCAAAAUGGAAAAGAUGGAUCUGAGACUUCAGGAUUUAUCUGGUUGCUACGGGAAGUACCGACAAGAAACGACAACGUGUUUCGGAGGAUAACGACUCUGAUGCAGCAGUGAUCCGAGUUGAAGCCAGUUGUGCAUUUACAAAAACAGUGAAAGUCGUGCAGCCGUAAAAACAAAAUGAUAACGUAAAAACAUAAUGUACUUUUAAAACGUUUUUGCAUGCUCUGCAUGAGCGGCUCUGUUUUGCUAAUACCUUGUGAAAUUACAAAAUAAUAGUUCAUUCUUCAUCGGAUUUCGUUUUCAAACUAAAUGUUUUUCAUGUGUUUAAAACAAAAAGUAUUUCGUUGUCGGUGAAUAUAUAAAUAGCUUAAAAUAUACAUUGUUCAGAAUUGUCAUUUCAAAAAAGCGUUGCAAGCAACGUAGAAAAAAUAUGAAAAGUAAUUGUCUAUGUUUAAAAAGAUUAUUGAACUCCGUAUAUACUAAAAAAAAAGUUUUUACUAAAAAUGUAUAUGUACUAAAAAAAAUAAUUUUUGAAAUAUUUUUUGAAACAUACCUAAUCACUAAUGAGUUUGUCUUGAUCUUUUGUGUUUUGUUCGGCUUUCACAGCAACCUUGAAACUGUAUUUUUAUUAACUAUUGUUUUUCGUAGGAAACCUGAAUGAAAUAGGUUUCUUGCAAAGUUUCCGUCCUUUUUUGCCAUUUUAAGUCGCGAUAUUAAAUCUUUUUUGCAAACUUUGUUAAAAAAUAGGUACGCUAAGCGUACAUGUAUCUGCUCAUGGUGAUUGCACUGUUGCCAAGGGCUUCGAUCAAUACUCAGUAGCUUGUAAAAAUAUUAAGAGACUGAUGUUUAAAUGAAUAUACAUAGUUGACCAGUUAAAUGAGGUUAGAUUUAUAGUAUGUCAGAUGAAAAAAUAUAUUCAACUUGCAGACACGAAUUUUGGCCAUAACUUCACAAAGAUGAUAUUCAGUUUUAUGAUGUUCUUGUUGAAUCAUUUCAGUUUUAUAAUGUUCUUGUUAAAACAUGUCGGGUUCCAAAUCUUCUUGAUAGUUCAUAAUAAACUUUAGCAGGCAUGCGAGAACAUUGUGGAUGCAUAGUCAUAGAUGUCGUCAGGAUAACAGGUGUUGCCAAUAUACACUUGCAGAGUUUUGAAAGCCUUUUUAUACCAUAUUUGAUACAUGACAUCAACAUUUCUGCUGUUUAUAAUUGAUCUAUUUCAUUUUAAAAAUGUCAUAGUCUGGGUUGAUGGAGCACAAAUCAACUGUUUAUGCCAAGUAAAUAUAUCAAAUACGUCAUAUAUUGAAGGUCAGUAAUAAAUGAUGACAAAUAUGGAAAUUAGAAGUAUAAUCGAUGCAUAUAAUUCUUGAAUAGAAUGAUAUAAUUCAGCAUACCAGAUCCAUGCAACAAUAUUUUGUCAUGGAAGAAAAUCCAAUAAACAGAAUAGUAGGUUUAGUUUUGUACAUUGUGUGCUAUAAAUAAGAUCCCAUUAUGACACAUGGUUGUUGUUAAUUGUAAGACAAUAUAGUAUGGGAUAGGGGAAAGCCAAGAGGGAUAUAAAUUGCUUACCUGGUGUUCUUGGCAAUGACAUUCAGUUGCAGAAAUCAGGGUGGAUGAAGAAUGCCCCCCCCCUCCCCCCAAGGAUAUAUAGUUAUAUACGGCAAGUUGAUAAUUAUGACUGGUUGCAACUGUUACUAUAAGUGUUGAUAUUCCAAUCUGAAGCUGAAUUUUAUGCAGCAACUAUUACUUUGGCUCAGUGCCGUAGCCAGAACGAUAAUUGGGGGGCACAUAUUCGUGUUCUGCUUUAUUAAUUUCUUUUGAAAUCAAUUGUUGUGUUAUUGUAUGUGAACACGAAUAUAUGAAUAUGUGCCCCCCCCCCCCCAAUCUAUCAUUCUGGCUACGGCACUGCUUUGGCUUUGUUUUAAUGAAAGCAAUUAAUCAAUGCACAAACUGCUUUAUGAUCAGAGAAAUGUUUCCAAUAUGUGUGAAUUAGCUUGUGAUUCUGUUAAAUUUGUAUAAAAAUGAUCUAUCAUAGUCUGGUUGUCUGUAAUGAAAGCAGACACCAAUUGUCUAUAGUUAUGACCAUUGAUAAAGAAAUUAUAUAAAGGCCUUCUAUUGAUUUCAUUCAACUAAUUUAUAUUAAUUAAACUCACCAAUGAAAAUGUUAAAUUGAGAAGUACAUAAACAUCAACACUUACACUCGAUAUACACCAACAAUGGUAAGAUGUGGAAAAAUCAUUACUAGUUUCAUAAUAGUAUCUCAAUGCCAUUAGUCAAUAAUUUUUUGUCUAAAAUUGCGAAUCAUUUCGUUUGCACUGCGUAUUAAAUGAUGAAACCCUUCAAAUGCUUUCCAAAAAUACACUCUCGACCUUUGCCAUAUUCAGACAAGUAAAAUGACGUUGUUUUGACUGCGUUUGAUGUUUAAUUUUAAUUGUAAAUUCACAAAUUUCCUUUCGUUUCACCCUUCAGUAAACCGCCAUUUUGAAAUUAUCAUUUCGUCAUUUCAUCUAUACGCUGUCGCUGAUUGGCUAGAAGCACGAUAGCAAUAUAUCUGCAUUCGCAGAUACAAAAAGAAUUCACAUUACCCGCAACCGCGCGAAAUUCCGGUGCCGCAGGAGUCUCGGGCGAGUCAAAAUGCCCUCGGAAAUUCUAUAUCUACUAUUCUUAUGGGUUGGUCCCAGGGGUUGAGAACGAAGUUACUGCUCCAUAAAGAAAUUUUAAAGAUACCUAAGAUUCGAUAGCUUCAAAGACGUUUUCAGUGGCCUAUCAAGAUUGCAUAUCCAUGGGAAUGGUAAGCUGAAAUUCUGGCCCUACUUUUAAUGGUGAAUGCGCCCAUGUGUCCGACGAACUUGGACGGAUCAAGUUCCUAUACAGUUCUUGAGCAGUUCUUGUUGACCGACAGUUUAUGAACAUGCCACACAGAUUACCAUCUCGACUGUGAAAAAUGGUCCAUUUCAAUGGAACAAGCAAGUAAUAGUUUAUGGAUAUUUGAGGAGAACGACAAUACGAAAUGCACAGUUGCAUUGUCUCGGAAUUGCAAUAUUUAGUUUAUAUUCUCAAUGGUAUUGCAUUUUCAUGCAUCUUGGAUUGGAAUUCAAACACAUACAUAAGCCUAAAGUUAAAUUAGAUUAUUACAAACACGCUUUUCUUGUAAGAAUUAUCAAGUUAUGGAACGACUUGCCCGGCCAUGUUUUGGAAGCUGAUAAUCUUAUAAAGUCAACGUGUGAACCAUAUGGACCUGUUUUAGGUGAUGAAUUAAUUAUAUAAUUCUAACAUUGUAAUGUUAGUAUAUUGUAGAUACUAUUUUCAUUAUUAUUAGCAAGAGGAUCUUAUUAUAGGGAUAAUCUCCAGUUUCUCCUGCAAGUACCUUGAUUCAUCUUCUUUCUUUUUAUAUAUCAUUUUCUUAUUUGUAUCUUGUUAUCUUGAAUAAAUUGAUUGAUCGUGGUAUCUAUAGCAUGCCGAGAUAAGAAAAAUUAAUACCUCAUUUUGCUCCUGUUCUCAAGUUCUUUAUGCUAGUGCAAAACAUUUUAUUGUAGCUAUGAUGCUAAGAUUAAGAUUAACAUUUCUAUUGCGCAAAUUUAUACGUUGAUAUGCAUGAUCAAGUGCGCUUUACAUCAAGUAUUAUGCGCUUACCUAAUUACAUACUUAGCCUAGUCUAUUUCAUAUUUACAACAAUUUAUGUACUCAGGCGAAUAUAAUGUUUUUGAUGUUACUCUGAGUGUAUAUCCACGCCGGACAGGCUGUAAAGUUAGCCUGACCACGGUGGGAAUCGAACCCGCGACCUUUGGGAUACUAGUCCAAUUUGCUCUGCCAACUGAGCUACGAGGCCAAGGCUGUUCGAGUGUGGUAUUUCGGAACUAGUCUUGUACCUUCGAUACCAAUGUGUUCUAUGAUCAUGAUAUUUUUUGUGUGUGUUUUGAUGUUAUGUACUCAGGUGAAUAUAAUGUUACUGUGUAUAUCCACACCGGGCAGGCUGUAAAGUUAGCCUGACCACGGUGGGAGUCGAACCCGCGACCUUUGGGAUAUUCACCUGUGGACUAGUAUCCCAAAGGUCGCGGAUUCGAUUCCUACCGUGGUCAGGCUAACUUUACAGCCUGCCCGGUGUGGAUAUGCACUCAGAGUAACAUCAAAACAUCAUAAUUUUGAUAUUGCUCUUAACUGUGUCUAUCCUAAUCCACCUAGACUUGGUUCAAGUUGGUCUCAGGAGAAAAGUAGGAGAGACGGACUUGGGACAAUUGCAGCAUUUCGAAUGUUACUUGCAAAAAUUGGCGCGAAAAUUUGUUGUUGUUCUCAACUCGCAAGCCACGCCUCCGUAUAGGAAAAAUCCGACGGUAAAAUUUGGCGCGCUUGCAGGGUAUCCAAGUCCGCCUCUCCACCGUCCAACGAUUUGAAUUAAAUUUUACGUCAAAUAAGCCACUUAUACAGCCACUUGACUAUCUCAUCUAAUUUAUUGACUAUUCUUUCCCCAUUUCUUUCCCAAGCUGAAAAUAAAGAAGAGUCGCCAGGAGCGUGUUUAAAGAGAAGUGAAAGUUCAAAACCCUCACUUUGGAAAGAUAACAGUUUAUUUACGAAACCUGAAAAUGGAAAGAAAACUGAGAUUGCGAAUGAAAAGUCAUUACGGGUAUCUAAUAACACCGUCACUACAAAACCUGCCUUGGGGAAAAACACAACCGAUAUUAUAUCCGACCACACAUCCAUUAAGGAAUCGGCACAAAUUCCGUCUACAAAAAAAACAAAACCUGUUGGAAUGGUUACACCUAGUGUUAAAAUGGUUCCGGAACGUACAGAAGUACAACAACCUGACUCGACACAAGUCAAUCAUGUAAAUAGAGAAUUUGAUCAUGAUCAUGGACCCGGUGAAAAUAUAGAGAAUAGAUCAACAUCUAGGGAACAUAAUCGGGUAAGCUAACUAUUUCUUCUAGGUUUGGACGCUCUAAGCAAAAUACUCAAGUCCAAUAUUCAUCCCAGAGAUGGCGAUACGUCGAUUUUUCCUCAAUACACCCUUAGGGAAAGUAUGUCACCUUGGCUAUACAGCCUCGUUGUCGUAUAUGUGACGUUAGUUAAAUCCAAGUAUCUCAAUCGCAAAAAAACGGGGCUCUAUAGCUAAAGUGUGUAUUCUUUGCGAACACAGAUAGAUAUGUCGUUAUAUUACAAGCAUAAGCAAUUUUAAACAAGCUAGCGUGCGCAAAAGUGCGUAAGCAAUCAUAUUAGCGUUUAUUCGUGAUCAUGCAGUUCACGUAGUUCUUUCAUUCAGCGCGCGUUAAAUCAAUCAAUCCCUUUGCUAUUUUCUCACUUCUCGGGUUGAUUACUUUAACUUCCUGUUUUACUAUUAUUUGAAUUAUUUAUUAUUACUUGAAUUUUGUUGCCUUGUUUAUAUAGCUCAAAUCUUGAGUUUACAAGAUUCCGAAUGUGUUUCAUCUUUAAUUAUAUACAUGAAAAAAUUUCUCAAUUUUGAUUGGCUAAGAGCAAUGCACUUUUUCGAAAUACAAUGCUAAAAAAUGAAAUACAGUGCGAAAAAAAAAGAAAUACAGUGAAGAUUGAAUUGACUAUUUAGCGUUUCUGAUUGGCUUAAAAAUUAAAAUAUGAAACUAUAGUGCAAUAACAAACAUAGCCAAUAAGAUACAACAGAAAUAAUACAAAACAGAAAUAAUACAAAAAAACAAACAUUUAGGAAUACUGCAUAAUGUUUUCAUGUAUAUUAUUAAUAAUUAUUAUAUGGCAAGCGUCACUUCCGGUGCAAUGGCGGACUGUGAUUGGCUGAGAGCACAUUCAACGGUUCAUUAUUUUCCCGUAAUGGACCGGCCGGUCCAUGCAUCAUGCACGUAAAAACAAACGCAUGCACUUAAAACAAAACAGCAAAACUAAUUGAAAAUUUGAGUAUUAUAAUUUAAUUUGUUAUUAAUAAGAUAUCUGCGAAUAGUUUUUAGUGGAAAAGAAGGAAUACAUUGGUAUUUUUUGUUUUCUUCGACCAAAUGUGUACCAAGCGACUAAUAUUCAUGUCAAAUCAUGCAUUUCUUGUUUGUUUCAAGUAUAAAUUCCAUAUAAUAAACUUUUUAUUAACCUCGCUUGCUCGGUAUGUACAUGCAGAGAAAUAUCGGACCUCAGUCGUUUUGUACAACCUCGCCCUAGGAUGGGCUCGGUCUGUACAAAAAAGACCUCGGUCCGAUAUUUCUCUGUACAGACCUCGCGUUUGGUUAAUAUAUAAGAAGAUAGUAAUAGUAUAUGGUUUCUCGUGCAAUUUAAAAAAAGCAUACACUCGUGAGUUUUCCAAAGUUUGUCGUUCGGACUCGUGCAAUUUUUGAUAGUCUUUGAAAAACUCACUCGUGCAUAUUUUUCCAAAUUGCACUCGAAGCCAUACUAUUACCUAUACUAAUAAUAUACGUGAUAAAAUUUCUCAAUUCUGAUGAGGAAAUGCUGUUGUGGACUACGGUAAACAGCUUGUUGAAGCAAAACAACUCAAAUGCAAAAUGGGUUUAUUAUAUGUGCGAGUUUUGUAGUAUAUCCACCGGAUAAGCUAUCCUUGCAUCGUGCAACCACCAGUCGUUUGAAAUAAACUCCGUGUUCACAAUAAUGUUGUACAACUGAUUUACUUUCUAUAUUACAGAGUGUGAGAACAGUGAAACCUCGUCGUGUUAUUCAUGUGAAAAGAGACGCUAGAAAGAACGAAUGUCAGCAGCAAUAAAAUCUCAAGGUUAUUUAAAAAUUAGAAAUUCAGGAAUUAUACCCAAUUUAGUUUACAUUUCUGUUAUAACAAGGCGCGCAAUAAAGUGCAUUUAAACAAGUCAUUUCUUUAGCUGAGGUGUUACCACCACUGCAGUUGUUGGAAAAGCUAGUGUUGCGAAAGAUUAAGGUUGAUGAUGAACGCCAAAAACACCUGUUUCAUGCUGUAGGAAAAUUGAAAUAUUUAAAGAAACUUGAUUUAGGGUUUAAUGCUUGUAAACAAAGACAAUGGCUAAACAUAGUUUCAUAUUCCUACUCCUGUGCGCGAUACAUCAUAGUUAUACCUGGUUAUACCAUGAUCGCGUACGCUCAAUUUAAAAUUGUGUACAUUAUAUUAAUGUUUUGAAUUAUGCUAUUGUUUGAUCAAGGCAGAAGAGAAUGGAUCACCGUAGUUAAAUCUGUUUUCGCCAUUAAAUCAUGUUUCUUCCUAUUAUAUAGAUAUAUGUAAAAAGUAGUGGCGGUCCCUGGGAGGAGGGGGCAGGGGGACCUUUCCCAACA